AUGGAGAUGUGGCUCGGCAUCAAACGAGCUAUCAAUGCUGCCGACCGAGCCAAGAUUGCCGAGGCUGGGAAGCUAAUCCAAGACGCGGAUCGGUAUGUCGAGGAAAAUGUCGGGAAGAUUGCAAAGAUAUCCUCGAAACUGGCCGAGGCUGAGAGGGCGGCGGUGGAUGCUGAAGAGGCGAGGGCGGCGGCGGAGGCGGCAAAGGAAGAGGUCAUUCGGUCUCGUGUGAUGGAGGUAGAUGAGGCGAAGAAAAGGGUCGUUGCUGAGUACCGGAGCUCAGAAGAGUUCACAACGCUUCUGGACAAGGAGGUGAUGAAGCAAUGCGAGGACCUGAUAUACCUAUUCAAGCGCUUCAACGCCGAUAAAAAGCUGAACUUCCUUCAAGACAUGCCACCGUUGCCCGAAAGGGUGAUUGAAGAAAUGGUGGAGGCGUACCUUGGUGAGGACGUGGGUGCCGAUUCUUCGAGUGGGUCAGAUUCAAGUAGCGAGGAGGAAGAAAACACUCCUCCUGCCGAGCCGUCAACCAAUCGCGAUGCCGAGGUGCUAGAUCCUUUGGCCACCGCUGCUGAGACCUUGCCUGCCGAUCCUCUGACGCCUUGA